AUGCGUUUUGGCAUUGGAGCAACGGCAGCAACAUCAGCAGCAGAUUGUGCCAGGGCAGCACUAGCAUCAGGACUGGUGGAAGAAGCUCCACCAAUAGAGACUAAUAUUGAAUUAAAGGCCAAGAGAAAGCUUGACGAAGCAUUCACUAACUGUAUCCAAAACGCUCGUGACUGCCAGAAGUAUCUGAGAAAGGAGUUCCGUAGUCAGCUAAAGCGUGAUCGUGACAACGAAUGGACGUCAAAGAAAGCUGCUUUUAUUGAGAUAGUACAGCAGCAAGACAAAGAGGGAAAGAAAAAGAGUAAAGAAAAAGCAUCAACUGCUAAAAAGGAGAAAGAUGAAAAGAAGGAGGAAAAGAAGCCUGACCUCGAAGUACAGAAGACUCAAACCCAGAGCAAGGAAGAAGAGAAAAAAGAGGAAAACCAAGGAGAAAACGAAAAUGAAGAGAAAAAAGAAGACAAGCAAGAAUCAGGAAAAAAUGAAGAGAAGAAAGAUGACAAACAGAAUGAGGGAAAGGAUGGAGCAAAAGAAGCGCAGAAAAGCGAUGACAAAAAAGAGCAGGGAAGUGGAGACAAAAAAGAGCAGGGAAGUGGAGACAAAAAAGAGCAGGGAAGUGGAGACAAGAAAAGCGAUGACAAGAAGGAACAAGAAAAUGCAGAAAAGAAAGAGGAGGAGGAAAAGAAGAAAGAUGGCGGAGGAACUGAUGAACUCAAAUUGGCGAAAAUUAGUCAAAUGCAGUGUCAAUGGGAUGAUAAGGGUGGCACACAGACUGUUAGUGUUACCAACACGUCUAACACGAAGAUAGCAAUGAAAAUCAGAUGUUCCGACAAUACUCUCUUUAGAAUAGAUCCGGUAUUUGCAAGUAUUGAGCCCGGGAACACACAGAAACUUGAAAUAAUUCGUAGCCCAGGUGCAGUGAAAGAGGACAAAGUGGUGAUCCUUCUUACAGAAUACAAUGAUGAAGAGGCGAUAGAAAAAUACUUCAAGAAGCCAAACCUGAAACUUUCAACCACGAUAAUUCAACAAACAGGCAAGGAUGCAUCAAAGAAAGCACAAGAAGGGAAGGAAGAGAAAAAGUAG